AUGAGCAGACACGACUUGCAGGGCAUCGCUGACUAUUUGGUCGGUAUUGCGAACCAGGCUGGCAGCAUCAUUCGCAAUGCAAGGCCGACGUUGUUGACAUCGUCAACCAAAAAGAACACUGCAGACAUGGUCACUGAGACUGACCACGCCGUCGAGCUAUUUAUCCGUGAUCGACUUGCCGAAAAGUAUCCAUCCUUUGCCUUUGUGGGAGAGGAGACUUACGGGACUGGGCUCGACAUCACUGGCCAUCCUACCUUCAUCGUGGAUCCCAUAGACGGAACAUCGAAUUUCAUCCAUGGAUUUCCCGCCGUGUGUGUGUCCAUCGGGCUUGUCAUUGACCAACAGCCCGCCGCGGGCGUGGUCUACAACCCUUUUCAAGAUGAACUCUGGAGCGCUGUACGUGGCCAAGGUGCCUUUGUCUCACAGCGAGGCGGACCACGGCAGAGACUGCCGCUUACUCGCACGCCUCUCGAAGGGCUGAGGACGGCAUGCGUCGGCAUAGAAUGGGGUAGUGAUAGAGAAGGGCCCAAUUUUGAUCUUAAUGUCAAAGUCUUCACCGCCCUUGCUCGAACGGCCGCCACCGGAGGAUAUUUCGUCAAUUCUCUUCGAUGUAUUGGCUCAGCCGCUAUCGCAAUAUGUCGAGUAGCUGCCGGCCAGCAGGAUGCGUUUUGGGAAUGCGGAUGUUGGGCAUGGGACGUCGCUGCAGCUUGGUGUAUCCUGUCAGAGGCUGGGGGUAUCAUGGUUGAUGGCCAUCCUCGCAACUGGAAUCCACCAAUUGAUAACCGGCGAUAUCUUGCAGUAAGGCCCGCCUCCAGAGGACACCGCCAGUUCGUCGAGGAAUUCUGA